CCACUUCCUCCUUUCGUUAUUUUUGUUAGUAUCAAAUUCUUAGUCUGUCUAGAAUAGAUCCACAUUUGUCAUUUGGUUUAAAUUUCCGAUAAAAGAUCUAACAGGUCUGUCUAGACUAGAAUCUAGACUAUAUCGAUCUAUCUAUCUAGACUCAUAUAUAAAUAGAUCUUUCUAAGUCUAAGGACUUUCUUCAACAUGUCAGUUGAAGAAUUAGAACAGGAGCCCUUUAGUGUUCAUGAAUUUGUUGAACGUUUAGCAUGGAAAACAAUGGGUGCAACAGCAAGAAGUAGCCCAGAAGAGUUUGAUCCCAUGAUUUUGUACACAGCCUUUGAAAAGAUGAUACGGGAAUUAAAGGAGAAAAACAGCUCGGUUCAACGAAAAAUAGAUAAUUUAGAAUCUGAAUGUAAAGAUGAAGAAAAACGCCACUGGAAUAGGGUUGCUGAGUUGCAGAAAAAAAAUCAGACAUUGUACACAGAUUUUCAAAAAUUAGAUGAACGUAUUUCAUACGUGGCUACAAAAGUCGUUCAUCUUGGUGACCAGCUGGAAGGAGUGAACACACCUCGAGCUAGAGCUGUAGAAGCCCAGAGACUAAUGCAUUAUUUGGGAGAAUUUUUAACAGAGGAACCACUCAAGUCACCUGUUUUGAUAGACCCAUUUCAGCUGCACCUGACUGCUGAUGUUAUACAGAAGCUUCACCUAAUAGCUUUAGAGCUACCUGUUGGUGGAAGGUUUGACAUUGCAAGACAAAGGAUUGCAGAAAAAUAUGACGCAGUAGAAAAAGAACUAAUUGAAGAGUUCAGAAAAGGGCAACAAGCUGGUGAUAGAAGACAAAUGCGCAAAAUUACUAAUUUGUUGCAGCACUUUAAGAGUUAUGGACACUGUAUUGAUGUAUUCAUAACAGAGUCUCAAAAGGGCGCGUUUAAGCACAGCAGCAUCUUUGAUGACAUCGUUCCUCUCUGCGUAGAGACCAACAAAUUGGCAAAAGCUGUGUUCUCUAAUUCAGAUGCAGUUAUGAGCAAGUUGGUGCAGAAUGUUUUUCUUGGAAGCAUACAGGGUCAUGUAGCAUCAAGACUAGAAAACCAGUCUGAUCCUGAAGUUUAUCUCAACAAUUUAUUUGACCUGUACAUACGGACAUCCAAACUGACUGUGGAUUUAGCAAAAGCUUGCUCUGAGCAUGAAUUCAAACUUGGAGACUCAACAUUCUUGAACAAACUUACUCGCUCAAUUUUCUCCCAACAUUUGGAAAAAUAUAUUGAUGUUGAGCUUCAGUCACUUAAGGAGCACUGCACAAUUGUCCUGCAGCACUAUUAUGAAAAGAAAGAUCACGUGAAACGUCAGAUACAAACUGGAGGGAUCUAUGAAUUAAAACGAGAUAUUCAGGCUAGAAUAGGAACAGUAACUAAGGGGGGCCAAAAUAUAGAAAACUUUGGUGGUGAAACAUUCCUCUCUCAAGAAGUUGCUAUAAACAUUCUGCAAGAUACAAAGAAUGCAUUCAAACGUUGUCAUACUCUUUCCAGUUCUUCAGAUCUAGCCUCAAAUGCAAUCAAAAUUUUUGAGGUUUUGAUCCAGUAUCUAGUUGUAGAACACAUUGAUUAUGCUGUAGAGAUGGGGCUCUUAGGCAUUCCUCCAGCUGAACCUAAGCUAGAACCAGAGAUCUACUUCUUUGACGUGGUCAGUCAGGCAAACACACUGUUUCACUUGUUUGAGAAGCAAUUCACAGACAGCUUCAUACCACUAGUUAUGUCAUCACAGCACCAUGGCUUUUGUAUGAAGAGGAAACGAGAGUUGAGAGAAGCAAUGGAGGCAAAGAUUGACACCGGCCUAGACAGGUCAAUUAGUGCUAUCAUUGGUUGGAUCAGACACAUUUUUAACACAGAACAGAAGAAAACAGACUUUAGGCCAGAGUCUGAAGAUGCUCCAAUGCAUUUACUGUCACCAGCAGCCACCAAUGUAACAAAGUUCCUAGCAGGUCAAGUGAAGGAAAUCAAGAACAGCCUGGAUGGUAAAAAUGUUGAAGUCGUGUUAGGGACCCUUGGGCAGAGAUUCCAUAGACUAGCCUAUGAACACCUUACCCAGUUUUCUUACAAUUCUAUAGGCGCCAUGUUAGUUAUCUGUGAUGUCAAUGAGUACAGAAAAUUAGUGAAAGAAGAAAUCAAGAUACCACUAGUGACCCAACUGUUUGAGCACCUCCAUGCCCUGUGCAACUUGCUGGUUGUGGUGCCAGAGAACAUCAAAGUUGUUUGCAGCGGGGAACAAUUGGCUGACCUGGAUGAAACCAUAAUCCAAAAUUUUGUGCAGCUCCGAGCAGAUUAUCGUACAGCCAAGAUUUCUACACGGCUGAAAUAAUCAUUUUAGGUAUAAUUAAUUAAUUAUUUUGCAGAAAAAAAUUGAAAUUUUUUUUUUUAACUCUCACAAUAUUUCAACAUUAUCUUGACAAUAAAAGCAGUUUUUUUAUUUUUUAAACUAUAUUUAGAAGCAGAAAUACAAUGGCUUUUUAAAAUUAGGCUUAUAAAAUUAUGCACUUAUAACCUUAGACUAAGAUUUUCAAAGUCAUUCAAUACAUAUUUUUUGGGGUUUUAAAAAAAAUAUCUUAAGGUAAUUUAACUUUAGUCAGUUUUGAAAAUAAUUUUUUAUUAUGUUAAAAAUACUUUGGAAGCAUAAAUAGUAAAAAAAAAAUACAAUUUGGGUUUGCAUACAUAAUAAUUGAAAUUUAAUAAAACAGCAUAAAAAAGCUGUAUCAAAUUUAUGAGCAGUUAUCCAGUGGAACAUUUUCCUAUCGAUCAAACUAUAGAGUGAUCAAUAUUCCUUUCUUUCUGGUUACAGGCUUAUGCUGAGUAUUAAAUUAUGCACACUAUACUUUAUAGCACCUUUGUAUUGAUACAACCAUCAGUGGUCACACCAAAUGUGAAAUACUCAUGUAAAGUAGAAAGUAUGAAAGGUUAAAUCCUAAAAAUAGAUAUAAAAACUCCUGAAAUAUCAAAUAUUAAGAUUACCUAUAAACUGCUGUAGAAAACAUUGUAAUUCAAAAUAAAAUGCAUGUAUUUAAUGAAAUAUGGAAUGGUAUAAAUUAAAUUAAAACCUAACAUAAAUAAAUGGAGUGGAAUUUGUUGCUGGAAGCUGGGCAGAGUGCUUAUCACUCAAUUGCUUCAUACGGUGAAUUAAAAGAUAUAGUUAACUCUACUUCAACUACCUCUGGGACAGUUAGGCCUGAAAGAAUACUUUACCUACUACUUAAGUACUAACCUCAGGUAAAGCCAUUACUUGAUUCCAACCAGGAUGUUGUGCCUUAAGUCAUCUGUUUAGGGUGCCAUAUUUUAGAUAGUGAAACAAUGUUGAACAUUUCUAUCCAGCGGAGGGAUUGGAAAGAUCAAAGGGAGAUAAUUCAUAAUAAAUCAGUAGUCAACUUGCUCAUGAAAUCCAGCAGCCUUGAGAUCAGGACUUAAAAACUUACCAUUAACUUGUAAUAACUACUAAUCAAAUUAAGGAAUUUUAUGCUUUCAAAAUGGUUUUAGUAUAUAAUAAAAUUUAGAGAAAAAACUUGUGCCUGAGAAAAAUGAUUGUAAUUAAGAUAAAAUAUUAAAACAAAGAGUCAAAUAUAGAGAGGAUAUAAAAUGUGUAUUCCCUUUAAGAUGGAAGAUACUAAUUUGCUUCUUUUUAUGUAAACAUUAAAAAAAAUUAUUGACAAUUAAUUCAAGAUAUAAAUAAGACACAUUACUUAACACUUAUUAAACAGUUUAUACACUUCAAGUUAUGUAAUAUAAUUUUAAAUGUUAAAUAAUUUUUCU